AUGAAUGCAUGCGAGGCCAGUCCAGUAACGCUAUGUGUGUGUGUGUGCAGCCACAGCAGUGACAGCGAGGACCAGUGUAUCAGCGAGAGCAAGAGCUCGAGCCGGACGCCCCCCUCAGGCCACCGGUACCAGAAACACGGAGAGCCGGAGCAUUCCCACAGCCGGGAACAUCACGCCAGGACCAGGUGGACCUUCCAGAUGUCGGACCUGGAGAAGAUGAGCAGUCUCGAGCGGAUCGCUUUCCUUCAGGAGAAACUGCAGGACAUCAGGAAUCACUACCUCUCGCUGAAGUCUGAGGUGGCCUCCAUCGACCGGAGACGCAAGCGCAUGAAGAAGAAGGAGAGAGAGAGCGCAGCAGUGGCCUCUUCCUCCUCGUCCUCAUCCUCCCCGUCCUCCAGCUCUCUGACGGCAGCCGUCAUGCUAACGCUAGCCGAGCCGACGGUCUCCGGCGCGUCUCAAACCUCGGGGGUGUCUGUGGAGUGCAGGUGACAGGAAUGAGACGCCGUCGAGCAGCACAGAGCACUUAACCAGCACCCGGCUCGACCUCUGACCCCUGCACUAGUGGACGGACACACACUGACAAACGGGGCACAAGUAUGAUGAAACAAUAGCCACCAGAUACAGCAACAAGCACUAUUUUAUAUCGACAACUGUUUCCUUGGCAAGCUAAUUGCACUCAAGUGCACUUUUCCCUGAAAGUUGGGUGGAGUUUGACGACAAGACUAUUUCUGUUCGUUUUGCAUCCAUCCCCACUGUGUCCAUGAGUAUCUGAAUCCAGCACGUUCAGU